AUGACGUCCGAAAGUGGCGAGAAAGAGGCCGCCGAGAGACGCGUUGCAAAGCUAGUCGCGGAAGCGGCGGAAGCUGAGGACAGACGAAAUGUCACUCAGAAGGAGCUCAGAGAACAGCUGGAUGACACAGUUACAUCUGCGCUUGAACGAUUUGAGACAAGCUUCAAAGCCAGUAUAGCAGAAUCACUGGAGAGACUGAGCUCAACUAACCUCCAGUACGAGCUACUGGAAAAACAUCUCGGACAGGAAGAAGUCUCAAAUGGCGUAUUUCAGUGGAUGCAGAAAGUAAUUAUAGGCGCCAAUGCUGUCGGCACUGACAAGGAACUGGAAGACCUCAUGAAUCAACUUCUAAGUCUCGACUAUGAUAUUCUGUCAGGCGGCUGCGUACUGCAUUGGGUAACCGCUCUGGAACGGAUAGUCAAUAUCCUGCAAGACAAGAUGGGACCUGAUUUUGACAGAGAGAAACAUAUUGAUAUGCUGCACGCUAGGGCAAUCAAUUUCCACAAAAGACAGUUCACAGCCCAAAAUGUUACUACACUAUUGACCCAAGCUUCCAGAGAAUACGGUCAAUUUCUAAGCCGCAUGCUAGAAGCACAAAAGGUUCUACGCAACUACAGCUCCUACAUGAACACCGUCAACACACUGUCCUCCAAGGAUUACCAUGUUGAGACCCUGCAUCUUAGGAUGAAAUCUUGGGACGUGUAUGUAAAGCACAUAAAAGAACAGGCGAAUGAUGUUGAAUACAGUCCUGGAGCUGUUCCUGCAAAUUAUGAACCAGCACUAGCACAGUACCUGCCUCAGGCAGACCAGGCUCAUUUAGGAGAGGACGAUCUAUCACCAGAUCCCUAUUCCACAGAUUCGGAUACUGAUGUGGCAGCUUACGGACAGCCCUACAAGCCCGGUGCUGUUCCACAGGCGCCAUCAACAUACGAGGAUAGAAUACUCCGAGGCGGCACCAAUAUAAAUAGAGCUAACCGUGAUUACAAUCGCAGACGAUCUGGGGAAAGGGCAACAAGACCUCCACCAGGUCCGCGUGCCGUUCUGGCAAAACCAGGUACACCAGGUGCUCUCGGCGCAGGAAAACCAGCGCCAUCCAUUUCCAAAGAUCAACUCCUACUCCUAUAUGACAAAUCUCUCAAAAGUAUAAGGACAAUGACAUAUGGAAAGGCCAAAGAAAAGCUAAAGGGAAUGAAUUCAGAUAUCAUCUUAAAGUACCUUGACCAAAUCAACCAAAUCAGUCACGAAGCACUAAGUAAGAAGUUCCAAAGUGGAAAGUAUGAGGCAAUGGCCGCUUGUCUGUCAGCCACCUCUAAGGUGCUUGCUGCGAACCUAAGGGAGGAACUUACCGAACGCCUCAACUUCACGCUGUCUAAUGAAUGCUCCAACUUCCUUGAUGAUGAAACACUCUGUGUAUUUGCAAAGAAGAACCUUACCGAGGAGUCUGACCAAGCGUUCUUCAGUCGAGUAGCUGUCGAGCCCAGUCAGGAUUUUCAACCAGGGGAGGAGUCGAAUUAA